AUGCCGCCAGGGUUAAUCCCGACACACGACUCGGUUGACGUAUUGUACCGCCAGCAGAGCCUUGAUGAAAGAUUGCACGAUUCGUGGAGCGCGUGUUUCAUAUGCCGUGCCGUGACGGCAGGGAAACUUUACGCGGGCCCGCGGCUAGGGGGUGAUAUUUUAGGGUUAACACAUAGGUCGCAGUUUCCAUAUUAUUGCCAAAGUAUUCCAAUGCAAACGGAAAUUCCAGUCAAGCCACUUUUGGCACAUUUUAGCCUUUCCUUUCUGUUCCUUCCCUGUCCAGGUAUAAUCGUGGAUCCUCCUCCUGUUCUCCAUCACCCCACCCUAUAG